AUGAUCGUUCGUGCUCUUGCGGCACUGCCGCCGCCGCGGUUGGAUGAAGGAGGGGAGCGCAGGCGACAAUGUGACGGUUACGAUCUGCCUCCAGUCUCUCACAAGCCAUUCUUCGCUACAAGGGCUGGUACUCCUCAGCUCACAGCACCUGGCAUUCUGGCUGCUUUAACCUUAGAGAAGCGACGCGGCUUCAGCUUCUUCCAGCAUUGCACCGUUCCCACUCUGACCGGAUUUUAUGACUCGGUUCUCUGGGAGAUUUUGAGCUUGCAGAUCGGCCAUGCUGAUCCGGCUGUCUGCCACGCUUCCAUUGCGCUCGGCGCCGUGCACUGUGGCGUCCAAGCGCGCCAGAGAGAAAGCCUAAUACCCAGGGCCAAGACCGAGAGCCGGCGCUGGCAACAGUUCGCUUUUGAGCAGAUGGGUCGGGCGUUCCAGCAACUUCGGCGGCGACACGCAUCCCAAGAUCCACAGCACACAGUCACAGUACUCUUGUGCUGCCUUCUUUUCGUGGCAGCAGAAUUUACCCUAGGACACUACGACAACGCCUUCCGACACCUGCGGAGCGGCCUCAGAAUUCUGCGAGACCAACAAAUCAAAGUAGCGAGUGGUGUCGAGACACCACUAGAGCCCUCCCUGACUCAGACCUUCGCACAUCUUGACAAUCAGGCUGGCUGCCUUGGCUCUGAAGGACCAAUCCUGGUAAUAAACGAUGAUGAUGAUGAUGUCACACUCUACUCUGACAUGUUUCCGCGCAAAAACGUCGAGAAUGGCCGCUGGACUGUUUCAGAAGUCCGUCAGAUUAUGGAACCGCUCGCCGGUGCUGUGGUUCGGUUCUGUCGACGGCAGGCUAUCAAGGGCUACGACGAGUCUGAGUCAGCAGUCAGUGAGCAAGCUCGCAUUAUCCAUCGGUUGAGCUUAUUCCUGAUGUUAACGACCAGUCUCAACGAUCAACCGGGCCGGGUGCUCACCGCCAAAGAAAACCGAGGCUUGAAGCUUCUCCAACUUAAAGCGCACGCGCUUAGGAACGCGCUCCUCAGCCUUCCGAUAUUGACUCGAAAGCCGCAGUUCCAUGAGUUCACAGAUGACUUCGAGAUAAUGCUGGCUCUCGCCGCAGAGAUUCAGCAGUGCGAGAAGGAUUCCUCAGAUCUCCCACAAAUUAGCCUGGACAUCGGCGUUGUCCCACAGCUAUAUGCCAUCGCGAAGCGCACCGUUGAUCCCGAGCAGCGGUGGCGAGCGAUCCGAUUGCUGCAGUCUUACCCUCACCAAGAAGGUCCGUGGAAUGCGAGUCUGCUGUCUCGGACUCUCAUUGAUUCAUCAUUUGCUGUCAAGGGUGCGGAGGACGCGACGGGAACAGUGGUCGCCGUGGGUGUACGCGACUUAAGCAGAAGUGUACCUGCUUCGGAAGGUGCCGUGAUUGUUGCGCCCGUUCGGAGCUGUGUACGCGUAUCAUCCCGUAUCCAAGGCCUGCAGAUUAAAUGAUCGUCCGAAUCGGACGAAUCGAGUCCCGGAACGGUGCUGGGUAUCAGUGCCCCAAGAUAUCAUGAGCAGCAGGGCUGGCACCGUGUAGCUCCAAGUUAUCGGCAGUUGUAGAUGUUGACUCCUUCCUCCUCCGGUUUGGCGACCGGAGGAUUACUGCCUUGAGCUAAAUUACUCCCCUCGCUCUUCAUGGUCAGUCCCUGAGACCAAAUGACGGGUCAUGGCCGCGAGACAACAGUCAAUAACCUGGCCAAAACCUUGAAGUCUCUGUUCCAGCGAGAGUCAAACAUCGUCAAAUGAGGGGGUGAGUUCUGUGGAGUGAUUCUAAAAGCUGCUUGCGCGAGCAUCACUGGACCUUUCUUGGUUUACCGCCUCUUGGACCAUAGAACGACCAAACAUCUUUAGGACAACCAUGAAAGAAUACCUUAUCAUUUGUGUGUUGGAGGAUAUUCUUAACGUUCAGGCUUUGCAAUAUGAUGGUGCUUACAAG